GACCAUUUCGCGUAAUGAAUUGUAACAUUGAAAACCGCACACGAAAAUGAGGAUCCCCGUUAGCGGCGGCAACAGAACGAACCUUGCCAAGCACUAUCAAGACAGGAAGUGUUGUGUCAUUGGCAAUUUAACAAAAUAAAAAAAUUCAGUUUCAAACAAUCCACCGCCGGUGCAACAUCCUCAUUCGGAUCGGUUUUGUGCCAGUGAAUGGGAAUAAAAACGGCAGUGAAAUCGGAUUCAUUCUCAUGUGCAGCAAUUCGUCCGAACGGGUGCGAUGAAUCUCUUCAACCAGAUCAUAGGGUUGGCUUUCAAUCUGAUAAGCCUGCCCUUCGGCCAUAAUUCCCAAUUCGACUUGGAGAACAGCAUCACAAAGCCGAUGCAAUUGAACGCAUUGUCGCCUAUUAACAUGCUUAGGAGAGCCGGUCUAGCGUCCUGCAGGAGCAUGCUCUUUCAGAUGGGCGAGAACAACCUGAAGUUCAGCUUCCUGCCGAAGGGUUACUGUUCGAACUGUUGCCCGCUGAGGGCGGACCGGGAUGUCCGCUUCGUCCUGUACAACCGGCGGCACCGGACGUCCGGUGUGCCCGUCGAGCCGUACAACGAGGCCGGCGCCGCGUCCAGGGCUGGUCUCGACGUCAACGCGUCCACCGUCGUUUUCAUACACGGGUUCACGGAACCGUCGCCCGGAGAGAGUGGCACCGCCAUUGUCGACGCGUAUUUAAGUAGACCGGAGCCCUACAAUGUAAUAUUGGUGGAUUGGUCGGAUUUGGGUGCGUUUCCUUGGUACAGGACGGCGGUGCAGAAUGUCAAACUGGUCGGCACGCUGUUGAAGGAGUUCAUCGAAACGUUUCACAGCAGCGGUGAAUUGAAUGUGGGGACUUUGCACGUGGUCGGCUUCAGUUUGGGUUGUCAUAUUGCCUCGCAUGCUGGCAAACAACUGAAAGGAGUCAAGUUGCCAAGGAUUACCGCUUUGGAUCCGGCUUUCCCGGAAUUCUCUCUGGAAGAUCCGUCUAAAAGACUGACGCAGAGCGACGCUGAAUACAUCGACGUGAUACAUACGGAUGGGGGCGUGUUGGGUUUUCCUCUGGCCAUCGGUCACGCUGAUUUCUAUCCGAACGGGGGACGUGCCCUUCAGCCCGGAUGUCAACCCAGCUAUUUGGUUCAGCUUCGUCUCAUCGAUCAAGUGUUGGCGUGCAGUCACGUGAGAGCCUGGAGAUUGUAUGCGGAGUCCGUGCGAAAUCCCACCGCUUUCCCGGCCACCAGAUGCAAGUCAUGGCGGGGUACGAGCCGGCAAUGCAAUUUUACACAGGAUGCAUUCAUGGGCUUCGGAUGCAAUAAGACGACACGUGGACAAUAUUAUCUUCUAACAAAACACAAAUCCCCUUAUUCGAAGACGGUGGCCGAACAGACCGUAGUGAAAUGAAUUCAUUAGCCUGCGGAGAAUUCAAUUUUCCUUAUCACAAACUCAUCUCUGGGAGAAAACGCUUUAACUAUAACGCUCUAACAUAAAAGACAUUUUCAUAUUGCCCGCUUAAUGAUUUUAAUACACUUUUUUUGUUUGUGUCGCGUCGCGUUUUGUGUACUUACCGAUCUCAUUAUGCACUGGAUUGUCGGAUCAAAUCAACCAAAAUUAAUGAACGGGGCGGAAAUCGAACAGGUUUCAGCAAUUUGUAGCUAAUGAUGUAAUUAUCUUGUCGAUGGAAAUAUAAACUUAAUGAUUAGUGUUUUUAGUAUUUUUUUACAUGUCUAUUUUUUU